AUGAAACUUGAAAUCAAACAAACCGUGGUGUGUUACUCACAAGGAAACGGUGGUCUCAUCGCACUAGGCAACGUUCUGCCCGGUGCACUAGGUGAAAACUGCACUGCUAGUGACGUCUACUGCUGCUCUUCAGACGACGUUCAACAGUCUGGCCUUGUGAGCUUAGAUGUAGAGGCUCAAUGUUCUCUUAAUCGUGUUCUUUAA